CUUCGCCAAAAUCAAGAGCCCGACACAGCCUCUGCUCAUCUUUCUCUCUCUCUCGAAACCCUAAUUCUGAGUUUCUGCAUCCAUGGCAUCUGCUGAAAUUGCGGUUUCUGCCGUCGAAGUGGUUGUGGAUCCGCCGGUGACGGAGCCGCCGGUGGAGAACCAGACUGGAAGAAAAUCGAAGGCCAAGAAAGCCAAAGCUCCUAAAGAGCCAAAAGCCAAGAAGCCGGCAGCUAAAAAGCCGAAAUCUCCUUCAACUCACCCUCCUUUCCUUGAGAUGAUUACUGAAGCAAUUGUAGCUUUGAAGGAGAGGACUGGUUCCAGUCAGUAUGCGAUAACCAAGUUCAUUGAAGAGAAGCACAAGAAGUUGCCUUCGAAUUUCAGGAAGCUUUUGCUCGUGCAUUUGAAGAAGCUCGUGGCUUCUGAAAAGCUCGUGAAGGUGAAGAACUCGUACAAACUUCCGAGUUCUCGAUCGGCCCCAUCGAAGGCAGCUAAGAAGCCCGCCGCAGCAAAACCGAAGCCAACAAAGCCUGCGAAAGCACCAGCGAAGCCGAAAGCUGCAGCUAAGCCGAAGCCUAAGGCUACCACCAAACCGAAGGCUGCUGCCAAGUCGAAAGCAGCUCCUGUCAAGCCGAAAGCAGCUCCUGCCAAGCCGAAGGCUGCUGUGAAGCCAAAGGCGGCUCCUCGAAAAGCCCCUGCUGCGCCCAAGGCUGUCGCUGCUAAGCCAAAACCUAAGCCUAAGGCCAAACCGGCAGUGAAGCCGAAGUCGAAGCCGGCUGCAAGACCUGCUAAGGCUGCCAGGACGUCUACGAGGACAACUCCGGGAAAGAAAGCACCGACGCCAUCGAAGGCUAAACCAGCUGCUCCAGCGGCAAAGGUGAAGAAGACUCCUGCGAAGAAGCCUAAAAGCAUGAAGUCUCCGGCCAAGAAAGGUCCGGCAAGAAAGGCGAAAAAGUGAGGGGCCAUGGAUUGGAAUUCGUGAGUGGUAGUUCUGUAAAUUUGUCGGAUGAAUGAGGGCAGUUUCUUAUCACAUAGUCAGGGAAUAGCAGAUCUGUAAUACACAGUCUAUCCUUUUGGUUUUUCUUUCUCUUUUGUUUUUCUUUUAGCGAAUUUUAAUCAUUUCUCUGUAAUUUUAUGUCUUAGUUUUCAGAGAUGAAAUUAGAAUUAAUGUUUCGUCA